UGGCCAAGCAAGACCAACAUUGCAUGCAACGCUUAUGCAGAGGAUGACAGACGUUUUGUCUAGAAUGCUAAAUGAUCCGGGCACUAGAGCCACAGUUCAAAGAACAACUUCAGAAUCUGAGGUACAGAACCCUUCAGAAUCUCCCUCAGAAAAUGUAAGAGAUGGAGAGGAAGCUGCAGAUGCAGUACAACAUUCAGUAAGUAAUGUGAAUGAGCCAUCACCUUUAUCUUCUUUGGAAGCCCCAAGUUCAAGUAUUCAGCCAACCAUGACACAGUCUCCAGGAACAUCAGAGGAUAAUGCUGCUCCAGAGAGUAUGAAUGAUCAGUGUUUUGAAAAUGAAGAAGCGGGAGAAAGACUAGAACAAAGUGCCACACAUAGUUUGCCAGAAACUCAGCAAGACCCUCAAGAAACAGAACAAGCAAUAACUACCCAAGAGACAGAUGAAACACCGCUUGAAGAAGAGGAGGAGGAGGACGCACACAUGAAAGACUCUCAGAGAGCUACAUUAUCAGGUCUCCGACACAGGCUAUCAUCACUGAGACAAGGGUUUGUAGAAAAACAUCAGGUAGAACCAUCAAUCAGCCUCUCAUAUUCUGGCCAAGGAGUUAGCAGCGGCAUGAUUAGCUUUGGUGUUGGGGAUGAAGUCACUCGUAGCAGCACACCCAAUCAGUCAGAACAGGACAUCGGUCCAAGUUUGACAGUGCCAAGUACAAGUGGAACCACUUGCUCAGAGGCUCCAAACUCUGAAGAAACCUCUCAGUCCCAGGAAGCACCAAAACACAAACCUGAAAGAGGUGAACAGCCCUGCUGCUCAUCCACUUCAUCCUCCUUAGCAUCAUCGUCGUCUUCAUUGCAUCAGCCCCAACCAGUUAGAGCUCAUACGUUAACAACUUCGAGUUCUAGUCCUGCCAUCUGUGAUAUGGAAGUAGGAGCAUCAUCUAGUCAAGAAGGGAGAGAUAGUUUGGGUCCUGAGGCUGUGACGGCAGGAUCAUCAAACCGUGGGGCAGUUGCCAGUGAGAUAAACCUGGGACACACU